AUGUGCACCUUGUUAUCAUGUGGGAUUCUUCUAGCCCUUUUCUUCCUUAUCUUCACCAUCAAAUUCAAAAAUAACAGGAUUGUGAAAAUGUCCAGUCCAAACCUCAAUAUUGUAACAAUUAUUGGAAGUGUUUUUACUUACGUCAGUGGAUACAUGUUUGGAAUUGUGGAAGAGAAAACUGCUACAAUGGAAGUGUCAAUUGAAUUGAUUUUUCAGAUUCGCAUAUGGAUGCUCUGCUUAGGAACCUCACUGAUAUUUGGGCCCAUAUUGGGAAAGACAUGGCGACUGUACAAAGUUUUUGGUCAGCAUGUCCCUGAGAAGAGAGUGAUUAUUAAAGACAUUCAGUUACUGGGGCUGGUAGCUGGAGUGGUUGGUUUGGAUAUUCUGAUUCUGGCAACAUGGAGCAUUGUUGACCCAUUGCAGUGUACGCAAUCCUUAAAUGCAGGAGUGAGGGCAGUUGAAAAAUAUCUUUCCUACUCCAUUACAAUCAUGAAAUGUUGUGUUUCUCGGUACACAGAAAUCUGGAUAAUUCUUAUUUCACUUCUAAAGGGAAGUCUUCUGUUCUAUGGCACAUACCUAGCUGGUUUAACCAGCAACGUUAGCUGUCCGCCUGUAAACCAGACUGUCACCAUCAUGGUAGGAGUUUAUCUGAUCAUGUUUACUGCAGGAAUAAUCAUUCCCAUUACCAGAUUCCUGAGCACCUGGCCCAAUCUUUCCUAUGGUAUCACAUCUGGAGGAAUAUUUAUAUGUACCUCAACUAUCAACUGUCUCAUCUUCAUCCCUCAGGUCAGACAGUGGAAGCAAUUUGAGGAAGAAUUAAACCUUACUCCAAAUCAGAUGGCCAAAUAUUUCAACAGUCCAAGCAAGAGCUUUCGGUCCAUGUACAGUGAUGACCAGAUCUAUUACCUGCUUGGAGAAAAUAACUCCAUGAAACGACUCCUCACUGAGAAAAAUGCAGUAAUUGAUAGUCUGCAGGAACAGGUUAAUAAUGUGAAGGAUAAAUUGGUGCAUUUAAUGACACCAGAUUGCACAGAAGAGCUUAAGGAUUACAUUUCCACAACAGGAUCCAAGACAGCACACUACCCUUUGAUUAAUUUUGAGGUUAAAAGUCAUAACACGGCAACAAAAGAUCCAGAAAGUGAAAAGUCUUUGUCAGACAGACAGACGAAUCUGGAUCAGACUUUUGGUUCACAGCAAGACCUUAAACCUCUGUCACUGCAAAGUAACUUCGACCAAAUCAUGGGAGAUUCUACGAAUCAACUAGACUCAACUUUGUAUCCUCAAAAAAGGCCAGAAAAUGUUGUAAAUUAUCAGAAUUUUAAUAGAAGUGUUCUGAACCACCUAGGGCAUCCAGAAAAUUCUGAGAUUAAUACAGAAGAUUUUUCCAAUUCAUGUGAUACCUCAGAAAUAGCUUCAGAAGUUCAGAUAAAUGACUGUGUGAAAAUGACUCCACGACCAACAGGUCAGAUCCUGGUCUCCUCUGCAAUCCAUCCAUCAAUUAGAUCCAGGUCGAUUGAAUGUGCUUCUGUCAAGGAUCCAACAAAAAUGAUUAAAAACAAUUAUGUGAGCAGUGAGAAACUGCAAGAAAUUCUACAAGAUCUAAAUGUUAAUGCUGUCACCUCAAUCUGCUCACCAGAGAGACCAAGACGAAUGCUCCAGAAUUUUUCACUUGAACAGUGUACCCAGAGAGCAGAGCAAUUAAAACAUUGCUAUCAUAGUAUUUCUCCAUAUAUGGUGAGGCAGAGGAGGCCACCUUUCUAUUCAAUAACGGGUACACCUUCCCAUUAUUUUCCACACUCAACAGCUCAACAGACUAAAUGCCUGGUUAAUGAAAAUAUAAGUAGGGAUACAAGAAUUUCUGAGACUAGUCGACUAGAAUGCAUUCACCACAAAAGAUUAACUGAUGAAAACGGACCUACAAGUCUCUCAGCAACCCUAAGCUCAGUGAAGAAACUGGAUGCACUGUAUGACAGCUAUCAACUGUAUGGCAAAAAAGACCAAAAAAAUGGCUGCAUAUACUGUUCAGCUUUAGAAGGGAAACAUAUUACGAAGCCGUAUUCAGACCUGGAUUUAAAGAAAGCACACUUAUGCUUGGAAGAAAGUGAAGUAGCUGGUAAAGAAGGAGCUUUUCAAACUUACCAGUAUGAUUACUCAGAUUCAGAAUCAAGCAGUUCAGAUGAAACAUUUUGCUGUUACCACAGGGCAUGCUGUGAAGUGUGCUGUCGAGGCUCAUACAAUUCCAGUACUUCAGAAACCUCAGAUAGUGAGCAAUAUAAUCCAUCAUUCAUUUGGUCACAAAAACAUUUUCGUAAUCAUCCACUUGUUAAUUUUAAAGAGGACUUAGAACCCACGUUUGUAUGA